GAAUACAAAUGGUCCAAAAACCGUCUGGCACACAGCUCUACUCGCCACGUUAUGUACGUUAGGUAAUAACUGUGAUGACUGAAUUAAUAUUAUUUAUUGAAUGUAAUUGUUUUGACUCACAUUAAAUGUUUCAAAGCCGAACCAGAAAUCAUUUUGAGACUAGAUUAGUAGGCGAGAUCUAAACCGUCAAAAGGGCUAAUCAUCGUCGUUACGACCAUGCUGCUUGAGUUGUUUUUUCUCAUUUUGGCAUCAUGUUGCAUCGGGGAGUCAAAGAGAAGAAAUGUCCUUCUAAUAAUUGCUGAUGAUGCAGGUUUUGAGACGGAGGUGUAUAACAACUCUGUGGUCCACACCCCCCACCUGCGCUCUCUGGCCCAGCGUAGCCUGGUGUUCAGCAACGCCUUCACCUCUGUCAGCAGCUGCUCCCCCAGUCGCUCCACCAUCCUCACCGGCCUGCCACAGCACCAGAACGGCAUGUACGGGCUUCAUCAGGGUGUUCACAAUUUCAACUCGUUUGACGGAGUACAAAGUCUGCCGCUGCUCCUCAGCCAAGCCAACGUACACACAGGUAUAAUUGGGAAGAAGCAUGUCGGUCCUGGAUCUGUAUACCCUUUUGAUUUUGCCUACACUGAAGAGAACAACUCUGUCCUCCAGGUGGGGAGGAACAUCACCCGUAUCAAACUCCUGGUCCGAAAGUUUUUCCAGACACAUAACCAAGAAGCCUUUGAACGAAGGCGAAAGAAAGACGAGAAUAAAGAAAAUGUGAAAGAUGAAGAGAAGCCGUUUUUCCUGUAUGUUGCCUUUCAUGACACCCACCGAUGUGGACACUCGCAGCCCCAGUAUGGAGCUUUCUGUGAGAAGUUUGGGAAUGGUGAAAUGGGGAUGGGUAGAAUACCGGACUGGACCCCAGAAUAUUACACACCAGAACAAGUAAAGGUUCCUCCUUUUGUGCCAGACACACCUGCGGCACGAGCCGACUUGGCUGCACAGUACACCACGGUUAGCAGGCUGGACCAAGGUAUCGGUUUGGUUCUUCAGGAGCUCAGGGACGCUGGUUAUGAGAACGACACUCUGGUCAUCUACAGCUCCGAUAACGGCAUCCCCUUUCCGAACGGCAGAACCAACCUGUAUCGCUCUGGGACAGCAGAGCCCAUGCUGGUGUCUUCUCCAGAGCACAGGGAGCGAUGGGGAGACACCAGCCAGGCCUACGUCAGCCUGCUGGACAUCACUCCCACCAUUCUGGAAUGGUUCUCUGUUCCCUAUCCAUCCUACAGCCUCCCCGGCAGCCCCGCCACCCUGGUUCACCUCACCGGUCGCUCCUUACUGCCUGCUCUGGUCGCUGAGCCCGGCAGCUGGCACACCGUCUACGCCAGCCAGUCCCUUCACGAGGUAACCAUGUACUACCCAACCCGCUCCGUCCACCAGGGGGCGUACCACCUUCUCCACAACCUACACUACCGCAUGCCCUUCCCCAUCGACCAGGACCUGUACGUGUCACCCACCUUCCAGGACCUGCUGAACCGCACGAGGCUGAGUGAGCCCACGCACUGGUUCAAAAGCCUGGAGCAGUAUUACUACAGAGAGCGCUGGGAGCUGUUCGACUCCAGGACAGACCCACUGGAAACGAGGAACCUGGUAUCAGACCCAAACUACAGCGCCGUGCUGGAGAGCCUGAGGCAGAGUCUGCAGAAGUGGCAGUGGGAGACGGGGGACCCCUGGGUCUGUGGACCUGACUACGUCCUGGAGGACAAACUAGAGCCACACUGCAGACCACUCUACAAUGGACUCUGAUGGACACUACUGGUGCUUUGACUCAUCUUGAUCGACACGAUGUCCACGCACAUGAACACAUUCUUCUUUAUAAAAUAAAUAACAUUCAUAUGUAGUUUUAUUUUUGUAUGUCAGUGCUACUUUUUUAAUUCUAAAAAUAAACUUAAAUUGCCUUAAUUCCUAA